AUGGUGGAUUGUGUAUUGAGAAUAAGGGUCUUCGGCAUCUUGGAAAAUCUUUUCAUCGAAGAGACUUCUGUUUUCUUAGGAGAAGGUUCAGGUGUAGGCUCGGGAGAAAUUUCUUCUUCGAUUCUUUCUCUUUUCUUUUUCUUUAAACCAAUCUCUCGUGUCUUUGUGGAGAGUCUUUUGGGGGAAAAAGUGGAGUUGGUUUAA